GCACUCAGACAACAUCACAAAACUCAGUCGCCACCUUUCCUCCUCAUAACGUUCCUUCAUUCUCGCAUUUUCCUACAAUUCCCAAAAUACCCCUAACCCACUAUGGUUGAUCAGGAGCAGCACAGCCUUGGCCUCUUGUCCAGCCAAAGGGACGAAGAGGAAGAAGAAAAAAUCUCAUCCUACUCUCAGUCUCAGUCUGGUUACGGAGCCCGGUCUGGUGGUGGCUACGGCGACUCCACUACUGGUUACUCUUCCCAAGGACGUACCGGGGCCCGCAGCGGCAGCUGCUACCGCGACAGCACUGAUUACUCUGGUGAAGAACGCCUUACUGGCGGAGGCAGCUAUGAAGAAGGCAAAACUGAUGAUUACUCGGAAGAAGGACACGGAAGCCGUGCCGUGUACAGCGAGACCACUGCUUACUCUAGCGAAGGACGUCGUACUGGUGGAGGUGGCUACGGCGGGGCCAGCAACACUGAUAGUUACUCGGAAGAAGGACACGGAGGCCGUGCUACCGAGACCACUGCUUUCUCUGGUGAAGGAUGUCGUACUGGCGGCAGUGGCUACAGCGAUAACACUGAUUACUCUGGUGAAAGACGUCGUACUAGCGGCGGAGGUGGCUAUGGUGUGGUAAGCACUGAUGAUUACUCGGAGGAAGGACACGGAGGGCGUCGCGGGUACCAAAAAUCUGAUGAUGAUGACUCGGAGGAAGGACACGGAGGGCGUCGCGAGUACAAAAAAAUCUGAUGAUGAUGACUCGGAAGAAGGGCACGGAGGGCGUGUCAGAGGACGGUACAGCAAGAGGAGUGAAACCAAUGAGUCGAGUGACUAUUGAGGAACUUAAUUGGUUUGCUGCUGCUACGUACUGGUGCUUAUGCCUUAGUCCUUGGUACGUAACAAUAUCAAUAUGUCAACCCCUAAUUAUUUUCAUAAUUUUAAUUAACUACGUGCUUUUAAAAUUGUAUGA